CACAACCCCGCUGCACUCCACUCACUGCCGGAUCAGCUGGACAACUCCUAUAAAUCGGCACCACCAAACACCACGGAAUCUCUUACCUACGCCCCCAAGAGUCCAACCAACCACCCAAGAGACAUACAUUCUCCAGCGGUCGAUCGAGAUGGGGGAUCAGGGCAAUGCCUCGUCGUCAACGUCGUGCCGCGGCCGGCGGGGACCGGCAGGGUUGGGGCUGGCGCUGGCCCGGCUGGUGCGGAGGCGGAGCAAGAUGCUCGUAUGCACGACGGCUCCCACGGCCGUGUCGUCCCGGUGCCGCCAGUACGACCCGCUCAGCUACGCGCGCAACUUCGACCGCGACGGCUUCGGCUCCGCGCUGGACGACGAUGUCUCCGGCGCCGGCCACCUCUGCCACCACUACACCUUCGCCUCGCGCUUCGUGCUCGGCUCCUCCCCCGACGCCCGGCGGCCGCAGUAGGCCGGCCGGCUGGCUGGAGAUCGAGCCGCUCGCAUGUAGCACUAGCUAGUAGCUAGGCAGCUAGCUUAGCGUGGUAGCCAUGAGAAUUGCGCCGCCCUAUUUUGUUUCGUUCUUUAUUUAUCCCCCAACCGUGCCGCAACUAGCUAGGCCCUGCAGGCGAUUGUGUUCAUAUGUGGGGUGGAUUAUGAUAUAUGAUGGCUGUACUCAGUGGCGAAUCUACAGAGAAAAUGGAGGGUGGGCUGGGUUGCCUAUGUCAUGCGAAUAUAUGUUGUAUUUGGCUAACAAAUGGUUGGAUUGGGCCUUUAAACUAAUAGUAAAAACUAAUUUUGCAAAGCUGGAGGGGGGGCUUAAGCCUGUUAAAGCCCCUAGUAGAUUCGCUACUUGGCUCCAUUGAAUUUGGGCCACUCGUGGAGCUGCAGGAACACUACCCAAGUGGUGAAAAUGUUUUCACGAUAUAAA